UUUUUUGCUUAGCUCCCUCCCGGCGGCCAAAAGAAAAAAAAAAAAAAAGUUCUCCAGCUAUGGUGAGGAUGAUGUCUUGUGACUUCAGAUUUCUUCUGAUUCCGGCAGCUUUCAUGUUCAUCUACAUCCAGAUGAGGCUUUUCCAAACGCAAUCGCAGUAUGCAGAUCGCCUUGGUUCCGCUAUCGAAUCCGAGAACCACUGCACUAGUCAAAUGCGAGGGCUUAUUGACGAAGUUAGCAUCAAGCAGUCACGGAUUGUUGCUCUUGAAGACAUGAAGAACCGCCAGGACCAAGAACUUGUGCAGCUUAAGGAUCUUAUCCAGACUUUUCAAAGAAGAGGAAUUGCAAAACUCACUGACGGUGGAGGACAGAUCCCUGUGGCUGCUGUAGUGAUUAUGGCGUGCAGUCGGGCAGACUAUCUUGAAAGGACUGUUAAAUCAGUUUUCAAAUAUCAACUCCCCAUCGCUUCAAAGUAUCCACUAUUUAUAUCUCAGGAUGGAUCUGAUCAAGCCGUCAAGAGCAAGGCGUUGAGCUAUAAUCAACUAACAUAUAUGCAGCACUUGGAUUUUAAACCAGUGAUCACUGAAAGGCCUGGUGAACUGAUUGCUUACUACAAGAUUGCACGUCACUACAAGUGGGCACUGGACCAGUUGUUUUACAAACACAAAUUUAGCCGAGUGAUUAUACUAGAAGAUGAUAUGGAAAUUGCUCCAGACUUCUUUGAUUACUUUGAGGCUGCAGCUAGUCUCAUGGAUAGGGAUAAAACCAUUAUGGCUGCUUCAUCAUGGAAUGAUAAUGGGCAGAAGCAAUUUGUGCAUGAUCCCUAUGCACUUUACCGAUCAGAUUUUUUUCCUGGCCUUGGGUGGAUGCUGAAGAGAUCGACUUGGGAUGAGUUAUCACCUAAGUGGCCAAAGGCUUACUGGGAUGAUUGGCUGAGACUGAAGGAAAACCAUAAAGGCCGCCAAUUCAUUCGACCAGAAGUCUGCAGAACAUACAACUUUGGUGAACAUGGGUCUAGUUUGGGACAGUUUUUCAGUCAGUAUCUGCAACCUAUAAAGCUAAAUGAUGUGAAGGUUGACUGGAAAGCGAAGGACCUGGGAUACCUAACAGAGGGAAACUAUACCAAGUACUUUUCUGGCUUGGUGAGACAAGCACGACCAGUUCAAGGUUCUGACCUUGUCUUAAAGGCUCAAAACAUAGAGGCUGAUAUUCGUAUCCGGUAUAGAGACCAACCAGAGUUUGAACGCAUUGCAGGGGAGUUUGGUAUAUUUGAAGAAUGGAAGGUAAUUUCAGAAGAUUGA